AUGGCUUUAGAUGCAGCGUCUCAUGUUACUGUCGGGGCUCUGAGUGCCAUAUUCGAUGGAACGAAGCCUCAGGUCGAUCAACCUAUUGUUCAAUGUGUACAAAUCAAGCCGUUGCCUCCUCAACCUGGUCACCAAGAGCGCUACCGAGCGGUUUUCAGUGACAUUUCCAACUAUGUCCAAACCAUGCUUGCCACCCAGGCCAACCAUGUGGUCACCGACGGAUCCUUGCGCAAAGGAUGUUUCGUUCAACUGAAAUCCUUCCAGGCCAACUCGGUUAAGGGUAAAAAAAUCUUGAUUAUCCUUGACUUGGAAGUGAUCAAGGAGCUAGGCGAGGCAGAAAAGAUUGGAGAGCCAAAGCCUUUGGAAAUCAAGGCGGAUGAAGAGGAAAAGACCCAGCCAACUACAAUUUCGAGCAAUGGGUUUUACGGCUCGAAGCCCUCCGGCCCGUCGCCUCAACAGCAAAACCGCGCACAGCCGAUGCGAGGACCCCAGUCUUCUGCCCACGCAUCCAUACACCCCAUCGAGGCGAUUUCCCCGUACAACAACAAAUGGACCAUUAAGGCUCGUUGCACGAGUAAGUCCAACAUCAAAACCUGGCAUAACAAGAAUGGCGAAGGGAAGCUUUUCAGCGUGAACCUGCUCGACGAUAGCGGUGAAAUCCGCGCAACUGGUUUUAAUGACCAGUGUGAUAUGCUCUAUGACCUUUUCCAGGAAGGCAGUGUGUACUACAUCUCCAGCCCUUGUCGGGUGCAGAUUGCAAAGAAGCAGUUCACAAACCUCAACAACGACUAUGAGCUCACUUUUGAGCGUGAUACUUUGGUCGAAAAGGCCGAGAACCAAAAUGAUGUUCCCCAAAUCCGCUUCAAUUUCACCACCAUCAGCGACUUGCAAACAGUGGAGAAGGACACGACUACCGAUGUUAUUGGCGUCCUCAAAGAGAUUGGAGAACCUUCGCAGAUCGUUUCAAAAGGAACCGGCAAGCCUUAUGACAAACGAGAGCUCAGCCUGGUCGACAACACCGGAUUUUCUGUCCGCCUCACCAUCUGGGGAGCAACUGCUGUCAAUUUUAACGUCUCCCCGGAAUCGGUCGUUGCAUUCAAAGGCGUUAAGGUUUCUGACUUCGGCGGGCGCAGCCUUAGCUUGCUCAGUUCAGGGUCAAUGACUGUUGACCCGGAUAUUGGAGAGGCCCAUCGCCUCAAGGGAUGGUAUGAUGCACAAGGCAGAACCGAAGUUUUCACCUCUCAUGCAUCUGUUUCAAAUGCCACGAACUCGAACAUGAAGUCUGAUCGACUUAAGACAGUUGCACAAGUUCGCGAGGAGCAGCUGGGGAUGUCUGAUCAGGUGGACUACUUCUCUUUGAAAGCUACUGUUGUUUUUAUCAAGCAGGAUGCCACUUGGUGCUAUCCCGCUUGCCUCUCCGAGCGGUGCAACAAAAAGGUGACCGAGUUGGACCCUGGCCAGUGGCGUUGUGAAAUGUGCGACAAAACCCACCCUAAACCAGAGUACCGCUACAUCAUGCCGCUUAGCGUCAGCGAUCACACUGGCCAGCUUUGGCUCAGCUGUUUCGACGACACUGGACGGCUUAUCAUGGGAAUGUCGGCGGACGAUCUGAUGCAGCUUCGUGAGGAUGAUCCCAUCGCGUUCGGCGAAGUAUUCCAGGAAGCCAAUUGCCGUACCUGGAAUUUCCGAUGCCGAGCUAAGAUUGACACCUUUGGUGAUCAGCAACGAGUUCGAUACCAGGUGUCAUCCGCAUCGGCAAUCAAUUACUCCGAUGAAGCCUCCCGCCUUGCUGAUAUCAUCAGCUCUUACAGCAUGGACUAA